AAUUAGUUAAUAACUAAGUAGUGUGAAAAACGCAAUAAUGCUGCUUUACUUGAGUUUAAACUUCUUUUUAAUAAGUUUUUGUGGGGCGGCUGUCAUUACAGAACCACCUAUAAAACAAAAUGUAGAACUUUUAAAUAUAUACCAUGACUUAAUGGAAAAAUAUGACCCGCAUCUCCUAGAUUUUGUGGAUCUGAUUGAUGUAAAUAAGGUUGUUGAUGUGGUUAUGGAGCAUGAGAAAAAUGAUCCUGAAUUGGAUAAUUUUUUCAAAUAUUUUGGAGACUGUUUGGAAGACUUGUCAAAGCUACCGGAGGUGCAACAGGCAGUUCUGCUCAUCCAUUCAAAUAUAUUCAACACGUCAAAUGCCAAUGUCGUGAUCGUUGCUACCACAGAGACAGAAGUCCCAGCACCGGUCUCCAAGAUAGCUCGAAAAAGAAGCCAGCGAGUGAAUCUCCUUAUAGAAGAAAUAAUACAAGUGUUACCAUUGGAUAAAAUGAAGAAUCUUUUAGAAAAAAAACUAAAAACAAAUGCUGACGUAGCCAUGUUAUUCGAAAUAAUUACAUCCGAAGAAUUUCUUGAAAUCGUUCAAAGAUUCAAAGCCAACCCAAAGGUCGUAGCGGCCAAAGGAGUUUUAGAAGAUUUUGGGUUGGACUUCGAUCGUUUAAACAAAAUGACUGAAUAUGUGUUUGGCGAUUAUUUUGAGAAGAUUUCCGGUAUAAAUAAAAAUAAAGAGUAAGGAAGGUCUGUGAAAAUGUCUAUCUUACUACCCGAUCCAUCAGGCCCGAUGCAUUGGGUACAGGUAUAAAAUAUAUGCCGAAGUGGCUCCGAUCUGCUACACUGCUCGAUCCCGAUGCAUGGUGCCUGAUUGAUUGGGUAAUAUGAUAAAUUAAUAAAUUAGCAUUGUAAUAUAUCUUUUAAGUAGCUACUUGUACCUACUAUGGACUUAGCAUUCGUAAACUUUUUAUUAAGUAAAUAAAGAAUUUUAGAAAAGAAAAA